GUAUAUAAAAGGAAAACAGAAGCUGCCAAGAAGGAAUACCUCAAAGCCCUGGCAGCCUACAGAGCUAGUUUGGUGUCAAAGGCUGCUGCCGAGUCAGCUGAAGCCCAGACAAUCCGGUCCGUCCAGCAGACUCUGGCCUCUACGAAUUUGUCCUCUUCCUUGCUUCUGAACACCCCUCUUUCGCAACACGCAACGGUCGUCCCCUCCCCACAGACUCUCCCGCAGUCUCUUCCCAGGGCCAUCGCCCCCAAACCUUUAACCAUGCGGCUGCCCGGGAGCCCCAUCGUUGCCCCCGUCUCGGCUGCCCCCAGUGGGCCUACAAACAUGUCCCCCUCACUGACCAGCGCCAUGACGACCAGCUUGGCUGCCACGCCGGCUUCAGCCCCCUCCCAAGUCAGCCCUUCUUUGCAAAGCCAGCAACACCAGCUGCAGCAGCUGCAGCAGCUGCAGCUGCAGCAAAUGCACCACCAGCAGCUGCACCAGCAGCAGCUGCACCAGCAGAUCCAGCAGCAGAUGCAGCAGCAGCAUUUCCAGCACCACAUGCAGCAGCAGAUGCAGCAGCAGCUGCAACAGAUCCAGCUGCAGCAGUUGCAUCAGCAGCAGCUGCAACAGAUGCAGCAGCAGCAGCAGCACCCGCCGCAGCCCUCCCCCCAGCAACUUUCCCCGGUUUCCUCGCAGAUCACCUCACCAAUCGCGGCCAUCGGCAGCCCACCCUCCGCCAGCCAGCCCCACCCGUCCCAAAUACAAGGCCAGACGCAGACUCCGCUCUUAUCGCAGGCCGGCAUUUUCUGA